GAAUUCUUCAGCGUCAUUGUGGUUUUCACUCGAUCUGUGCUGGUCGAGCAGACGACUCCCGUUGGUGUGGAUAUAAGCGACACGUCCUCCGAUGUUCAGAAUGUGAAUUUUACAGAUCGAGACUUGGACCUGGAGGACCUCGGAGGGCACGUCUACUGGGAGACACCCGAGGAGUCGUCUCAGGUGAUCGCCUACCGCGUUUACCUGGCGUUCGAUGCUGCUGGAGCCUCGCGAUCACAGAUUGGCUCAGAUGUUUGGGUGAAUUCGUCGCGCGUGGCCUUGCUCCAGCCAGAUCACACGACUGGCUCCUUUCGGUACGUCACGGUGUACAGCAGGUCGGACUUGGCCGAGCAAACCACUCCUGUG